CAUUUAUAUGCCGGUUUGUUGGGCGGAAGAGCUUGAACCAGUGGCGAAAAGGCCGAAAAGGCCUUGUCGCAUGAAACAAGCUCGUUGGUCGCAUGUCCAAGUGGGUAGAUGGCGAAAGACACCGCCUGACUCACACCUGACUGAUCAAUGCUCUAUUCAUUUUUGCUGGCUAGGUCGCUAGGUGGCCAAAAAUAUUGUUGGCGUUUUUUUGCACUGUUUUUUUUUUAAUAUUUAUUUACUAUUCAUUUAGACAUGCGAGUCACAACGCAUUACUCUAUGGCCAUGUUCCAAAAUUUACUCGAUCUUACUUGUGGAUUUUGUACCCUGGCGUUUUGAAAACUAAAACCUACCCGCGUCCAGCGUUUUUUAAUCUGUGUUGUCAGGUGGCAGCAGGUGACGUGACCCGCCGAAGGAACUCGAUUCCACCAGAUUCUACUGCUCGAAUCCAUUUGGGUAUGUCAAGUGUUCCCCUGCCUCCUUUGUGAUCUCGUGGGCCGUUGUACGAACCUGACUUGAGACAACAGUUUGAAUAGAACAGAGUCACGUUCGGGAAAACUAAUCCCCAUCGACGAACCCAAGACCCGAGCCAGCCGCCGCAACCAAGGCCAGCCUCCGGAGUUUGAUUAACUACCAGAGCGGCCGACGAAGAAGACGCCGACGAUGAACACCACGUCGCAGCAAGACAAAAUGCCACCGACGUCCAUCGUCUACGUUCAGGCCCCACCAAGGACGCCGGCUAAUUUCAGUGGCAAUCUUCAUGAAGAUGUGGACGACUGGCCGAGCCAGUACAAGCGCGUCGCCCGGUUCAACAAAUGGGGGCCUGGGCAGAGCCUCCGGAAUGUCUGCUUCGCUUUGGAAGGCACGGCCCGCACCUGGUACAAGAACCACGAAGCAUUGAUUUCAUCGCGGGAAGAAUUUCAGGUUGAGCUGCAACACACCUUCGCCAACCAGCAGCGACGACAGCAUGCUGAAGAACUUCUGCAAGCGAGAACCCAUGGGUCGAACGAGAGCAUCGCAAGCUUCGUCGACGACGUUCUCUGCCUGAUAAAUCGUGCCGACCCAAACGCUUCCGAAGAGAAAAAGCUGCUGGUCUUGAUGCGCGGCGUAAGGGAAAGCACCUUCGGAGGCCUUGUGCGGAGCCCACCUACCACCGACAAAGGUUUCAUCACGGAGGCCACCAACAUCGAGCGUGCCCUUCAAACACGAGCCGCCAACUAUCAUCAAGUUCCUGGCGUCGCUGUACCCACGCCGUCCAGCUGCACCCUCAGCCCCAAUAUCCCAGGGAUCAGUGAGAUCAUCCGGGACAUCGUCUGUGAAGAACUAAAGGAGCUGGUACCUUGCUACCGAAUGUCCAGCUUUGCUCUUGAUCGCCGAGAUUGUACGAGAGGAGAUCCAGCAAACGAUCCAGCCCGACAUUCUCGCGGACGCUGCACCGGAACCACCAGCCUUGAUUUACGCCUUAGUUGCUCGUCAUCCGCAGCCUCUACUACUGCGGGGAAGCAGACCACACCUACCGCCGAUGCCCUUGCUGACGACUCGGGCUGCGCGGGUUCGACCUGCGCCCCCAUUAUGGUGAACGCCCUCAGGAGGUCGACAAGUACCUGCGACGACAUCAGUCGCCCGAGCCUGCAUCCCGCUGAGAGUUCCGGUCGCCUUUGCCACGACGUCCAGCUUCGCCGAUGCACCGACCCCGACAUAAAAGCCUGUUGCCGCUCUCUCGUCGCCAGGGAAACAAGGCGCAACAACCCCUGGAGGCAGAGUUACCGAAGACGACCUACGCCAAGAUCCUCCACGAACGUCGGAGGGCCCCCCCCUCGAACGCCACCAGAGUCCGAAAUGACGCUCUUGGAACGGUAAAGAAUAACCUAAAAGUCGUUAUUGACUGCUACGACACGUCGGCUCUUGUCGAGACCAGAGCGGACAACUCCGUCCUGAGUGGGAGGCUCUCCAAACGCCUUCAGAAAGCGACGGUGUCGUGGGAUGGCCCACAGAUACGGACUGCGGGGGGACAUUAUUCGAGAUUCAUGUCGAGACGUGUCCGGUCAAGUUUAUCGUUCUGCAAGACUGUGCGAGAGACGUUAUUUUCGGUGUAGAGUCCCCGGGUGUGGGUCGUGUGUCAAGAACAACCAGUCCAGUCGGAGCUCUCAGGAAGACUGUUUUAUGUCAUGAGACAUUCCCAUUAUAUCACAGAAAACAAGGAAGAGGAAGAUUGAUGAUAGCGUGAUAGAUAGGACAACACAGAAGAAAAGGAAGUGAUAACGAAACAUGAUGAACACAACAUUCUCCCCCCCUUAAAUGACAAGUAAAGAAAACUAAAAGUGAAUAUAAUACAGCCGAGAAAAAGAGGAUAGAAAUAGGACAUAGCGCGCAAGACACAUAAUCAACACCGCAUCAGUUACAUAGGUCAACACAGUUUCAACACAGUGUUAACACGCAUGCGAACAAUACAGUUAUUACAUCGAA